CUCAGCUGUAACUGUACAGGAACUUUACUGUACAAGUAAAGUAUUCUCCUCUCAGCUCACCCUUCACCUUUUCUUUUUCUCACUCGUUCAUACUCUCUCUUGUGUAUCAUUUAUUUCUCUAUUCCAUGUAACUUCGCCUCUUUGUUUCCUUCUAUUUGAUUUGAUCCGAACCCUUGAGGAAAAAAGAGUCCCUCAUCAGCCAUGAACUUUGACCAGUGCGUAUGCUGCCUAUUGAUCUUCUGCACUCUUUUCUUCUGACCGGAUCAUCUUAUCGUCGCUCAUCCAGUACUCCUCCUCUAUCGUACUAUUUCCAGCCUUUGUAUCCCCAUACUGCUACUCCUCCACCUUCUGCUCUUCCUAUGCCAGAAAAGUUCUCGAAUGAUUGUGCCUAAGCCUGUUCAUAUAUAUACUUUUUUCUCCUUGUUAACUAUCAUUUUCCUUUUCCGAUUUCCAUCUCCCUCAACAUCCUGCAUCAUCGGGUCCCGCUGUUAAGUUUGAUAUCUUAUCAUUUCCUUCCCGAUUAACUCCCACAUCUAUACUGUACAAGCAUCAACCUCACCGAGCAUUCAUAUGCACGUAAUCUACUCAACCACUUUCACAUUCCUGUACGUGCCGUACAUGGUUGACAUCCUGCAGCGCUACUGCCACACCGUGGGAUGCGCCCGUGUCAUCGUCAUUGUUUUUUUUUUUUUUUCCC